CUCGAAUUUGAAUCCUCCAGCGGGGGAAUUCAAACGGCCAAGAACCGCAGCGGCAAGCGCAGUACGAUGGCCGACGUGGACAUGGAAGACAUCAGCACGAUGGACGAGGUCGACGAAGAUGCUUCGAGCACGGAGGUAGACGCUCCUAUGGCGCCUGCGUCGCCGGCGCGCCCCGAGCCCGCGAUCGCUCCGAGCGACGCGGCGAGCCAGGGCCUCACGACCCCGAUGCAGACGCCGGCCAAGAAGACGGCGCGGCCGUCCAUGGUGCCCGAGACGCCGAGCUACUUUACACCGUCGAAAAGCAAGGUGGCCGUGCCCGCGGGGCCGCGGCUCAUGAUCACAAAGCUUGAGGUCGAAAACUUCAAGUCGUACGCUGGCGUGCGCGAGAUCGGCCCGUUCCACAAGUGCUUUAGCUCGGUCGUCGGGCCCAACGGCAGCGGAAAGAGCAACGUGAUCGACGCGCUCCUCUUUGUCUUUGGGAAGCGCGCGAAGAAGCUGCGUCUCUCCAAGGUCUCGGAGCUCAUCCACAAGAGCAGUCUCUUCCAGAACCUCAAGGAAGCGCGCGUCUCGGUCUUCUUCCAGGACAUUAUCGACACGGGCGACGGCGACGAUGACUAUACCGUCGUGCCCAACUCGCAGCUCGUCGUGUCACGCACGGCCAACAGCCAGAACCAGUCUAAGUACUACAUUGACGGGCAGCUCUCCAACUUUACCGAAGUCACGUCGCUUCUCCGCGAGCGUGGUAUCGACCUCGACAACAACCGAUUCUUGAUUCUCCAGGGCGAGGUCGAGCAAAUCGCAAUGAUGAAGAGCAAAGCCGAGAACCAGCACGACGAAGGCCUUCUCGAGUACCUCGAAGACAUUAUCGGCUCCAACCAAUACGUUGCCAAGACGGAAGACGUCAUGAAGGAGGUUGACGCGCUCAACGAAGCGCGCCUUGAGAAGCUCAACCGCGUCCGCGUCGUCGAGAAGGAGAAGGAGAACCUCGAAGAUGCCAAGACGGAAGCCCAAGAGUACCUCGAGAAGGAGCGCGAUGUGUACCUCAAGUCAAAUAUUUUAUACCAGCUCUACCUGCGCGAGUCAACUGCCAACCUCGAAGAGUGCACGCUCAAGCGCGACAAGCUCAAGGAGAAGCUCGAGAAGGAGUCGGAGCGCAUGGCCACGCACCGCGCCAAGCUCGACGUCGUCUCGAAGGAGUACAAGGUCGUCGACGACGCCUUCCAGAAGGUCAAGAACGACCUUGACACGGUCGAAGCCGAGUUUGCCGAGUUUGAAAAGCGCGAUGUCAAGGUGCGCGAGGACCUCAAGUUCUCCAAGAAGCAGGCGAAGGAGCUCGCGGCCGCCCACACCAAGGAGGUCGAGAAGCACGAUGCGCUCGUGGAGACCAUGGCCGAGCACGAAGCCGCGAUUCCGGACGUCGAAGUCGCGAUCUCGGCGGGCGAGGCGGCGCUCGAGAAGGAAGAGGCGGUCUUGGACGAGAUCCUCGAGAGCCACAAGGGCGAGGCCGCGCGCAUGCGUGUGGGCCUCGAAGAGAAGCAGAACGCGCUCGCCCCGUACCAGCAAAAUUUGCUCAAGAUCCAGUCGACGAUCGACACGCGCAAGACGGAGAUCUCGCUCAUCCGCCAAAACAUGGAGAAGGCCCAAGAAGACAUUACCAAGAACAAGGCGGCCAUCAAGGACGCCGACAAGAAGAACAUCGAGCUCGCAAACCAAGUGCAGACCAUGGAGACGGAGCUCGUCGAGAUGACAACCCGCGUCACAGAUGCGCGGGCCGACCUCCGCGAAGCCGAGACCCAAGAACGUUCGGCGAACGCCCAGUACCAGAACGCCCGCGCCCGGGCCGACGAGGCGGCCCAGACGGCGCAGAACCAAACCUCGCGCAACCAAAUGAUGACGAAACUCAUGGAUGCAGCACGGUCGGGUGGCCCUUUGGCCGACGCUGGUCUUGUGGGGCGUCUCGGCGACCUCGGCGCGAUCGACGCGCAGUACGACGUGGCGAUUUCGACUGCGUGCGGCGGCCUCGACAACGUGGUCGUGCACACCACCGCUGGGGCGCAGAAGGUCGUCCAGUACCUCCGCAAGCACAACCUCGGACGCGUCACGUGUAUUAUUCUCGAGAAGAUCCAGAACUUCCGGGCCCGAGCCCACGGGCCGCCGCCCAACACGCCGUACCCGCGGCUCUUUGAUCUUAUCCGCGUCAACGACGAGGCGCACCGCGUGGCGUUUUACUUUGCGAUCAAGGACACACUCGUGGCGCCCACGUUGGAGGAAGCGAAGCAGGUUGCCUACAGUGGCCCGCGCUACCGCGUCGUGACGCUGCAGGGCGGGCUCAUUGAGACGUCGGGCGCCAUGUCGGGUGGUGGCAGAAACGUGCGCCGCGGCGGCAUGUCGAGCCAGCUCGCAGCGCCGGCCGUGUCCCCGGAAGAGAUGCAGGCGCUGCAGCGCGAGGCCGAGAGUUUCAAAGCCACACUCUACAGUAUUCGCAGCAACCGGUCAAGCUUGGAGGGCGAGCUGCGGUCGCUCGAGGCUACGAUCAAGUCGCACACGCACACGCUGCCCAAGCUUUCGAUGGAGAUUGAUGCGUCCAAGCAGCGCAAGGCGACGAUGGCGGCGCGCAUCAAAGAGCUCGAGAAGCUCGUGCACCUCUCGCCGGAAGAGACGAAGCGCAUCAAGGCGCUGGAGAAGGAGGUCGCGGCAAAAGAGGCUGAGUACGACAGCCACAAGGAUGAAGUCGACGCGAUGGAGGCCGAAGUCAAGCAGAUGAAGAGUGCAAUUCUGAACCUCGGCGGCGAGAAACUCAAGAAGCAGCACAAGAAGGUCGAGGCGACGCGCAAGGAGAUCGACGCCAAGACGAAAGAGCUGACCAAGCGCCGCGUGGACCUCAAGACGGGCAAGAAGAACCUGGAGCGGUCGGUGGCGACCCAAGCCAAGCUCGCUGCCGACAUCGACGCCACGAAAGCGCGGCUCGAGGCGCUCCGCGCGGAAGCCAAGGAGAUUGAAGACUCGGCGGCGGCGGUCUCGGACCGCCACGAGGCGGCGCGCCAGCUCAUGGAAGAGCACACGAGCGUCAUGAACGACAAGCUCCAAGAGUUUAAUACGCUCAAGAAGACGGUGGACGAGAUGGCGUCGCGCGAAGUCGACUUGCUCAACAGCUACGACGAGUGCCUCGUGGUCAUGUCAGAGAACGAGAAGAAGGUCGCGACGUGGUCGGUCCAGCUCACGUCACUGCGCGCGAGAUUUCAAAAAGACGAAGAAGACAUUGUGCUCAUUUGUGGUCCGCCGGCCGACGACGAAACUCCGAACGCGACCGAUGACGACGGUGCAAGCCACAACGGUUUGCCUGUCUACGACGCGGCGGCGCUCUCUCGCUUCUCCAAGGAAGAGAUCAAGUACGAGCUUGCAUUCUUGAUCCAGCAGCGCGACGAGCUCAAGGCCAACGUCAACAUGGGCGCGAUUGCGCAGUACAAGAAGAAGGAGAAAGAGUACAUCGCACGCAGCAACGAGCUGCACGCGGCGACAGACACGCGCGACGCCAAGCGCCGCGAGUACGAAGAGCUGCGGCGCAAGCGCCUCGAAGACUUUAUGGACGGCUUCCGCGCGAUCACGCUCAAGCUCAAGGAGAUGUACCAGAUGAUCACGCUCGGCGGCGACGCGGAGCUCGAGCUCGUCGACUCACUCGACCCGUUCUCAGAGGGUGUCGUCUUCAGCGUCCGGCCUUCGAAGAAGAGCUGGAAGAACAUUUCGAAUCUCUCGGGCGGCGAAAAGACGCUCGCAUCGCUCGCGCUCGUGUUUGCGCUGCACCACUACAAGCCGACGCCAUUGUACGUCAUGGACGAGAUUGACGCAGCCCUCGACUUCAAGAACGUGUCGAUCGUCGGCAACUACAUCAAGCAGCGCACCAAGAACGCGCAGUUCAUCAUCAUCAGUCUGCGCAACAACAUGUUUGAGCUCGCGGACCGUCUCGUCGGUAUCUACAAGACCAACAACACGACCAAGAGUGUCACGAUCAACCCCAAGCACUACGCCGGCCUCGCCGAGCCGACGCCCAUGACGCCCUUCAAGACGCCAAUGAAGACGCCGUACCAAGAACGGCGGCGCUAAGGAGAAGACUCGUAAUAUGUGAUGCCCAAUUGCUUGAUGA